AUGACAACAAGCAACACAGAAGCCAUGUCAUUCCAGGAAGUCGGCUCGUCACCGGCCGAGAAGCCCAGAUACUCGUACGACGACACCACGCUGGUCAGGCAGACGCGCACAAGGCGGCUCUUCAGCACGGAGCAGCUCUUCGCGCUGAACCUGGCCAUGUACGGCACGUGGUACGGCGUGGGCGGCAACGUCUACUUUGCGUUGCAGAACGGCGGACCGCAGGGCUGGCUGUUUGGCUACGUGAUCGUGUCCCUGGGGGUGGGCUGCCAGGUGGCGUCGUUUGCCGAGAUGGCUUCCGUCAGGCCCGUCGCCGGCGCGCAGUACUACUGGACGUACCACUACGCCCCUCCCCGGACGCGGCGGUUCCUGACCUGGAUGCAGGGCUGGACCACCUGGCUGGGCUACGUCUCCAUGCUCGCUAGCUACUUCAACGCCGGCAUCAUCACCCUGCAGGGCGCCAUCAACGUUGCGCACACGGACUGGACGCCCACCGGCUGGCAGACCACGCUCAUGAUCAUGACGUAUCUCGUUUUGAUCGCGGCCGUGAACCUGUGGGCGUUCUGGGCCGUGCCUUGGUUCGAGCUGCUCGCCGGCGUAGUGAACGUGGUUUUGUUUCUUGUCGUCCUCGUUGUGCUUUGGGUUGUGGCGCCGCGGAACAGCCUCGACAUCUUUUUGACGAAAAGCAGUGUCAGUGGUUGGGGUGACUUUGUUUCUUUCAACGUCGGCUCACUUGCCACCAUUUAUCUGUUUAUUGCAUUCGAAGGUACCGUACACCUGGGCGAGGAGACACGCAAUCCAAAGCGUGCCGUUCCCGCGGGCAUGUUCUGGGGUUACGUUGCGAAUCUUGUCAUGGGCUUCAUCAUGGUGAUUACAUUCGGUAUCGCCAUGCCAGACCUCGACGAGAUCCUCUCCUCCAUCAGCCCCAUCUCCACCAUCUUGAACCACGCCACCUCGUCCCCGACCGCCACCGUCGCCAUGGUCUCGGCCAUGAUGCUGGGCAACUUCGCCGGCGCCAUCGGCAACCUGUCGUCCGUGUCGCGCCUCACCUGGGCCUGGUCUCGCGACGGCGGCCUCCCGCGGUACUUUGCCGUGGUGGACGGGCGCACGCGCGUGCCCAUGCGCGCGGUCCUGGGCACCGCGGCCAUCAUAGCCGUGCUCGCCCUGCUGACGCUCAACGACCGCGCCUUCAUCGCGUUUGGCGCCAUCACGGCCCUGUCGGCCCUGGCCCUGUACGUCAGCUACGCCAUCGCGCUCUGCUGCGUCAUGUUUGCGCGGCUCGGCGGCGGCGGCGGCGGCGGCGGCCUCGAGCUGGGCGAGUGGAACUGCGGCGGGUUCGGGCUGUUUUUCAACGCGGCCGGCCUGCUGUACACCGUCUACCAGAUCGUCUGGCUGCCCUUUCCGAACCUGCUACCCGUCACCGCCACCAACAUGAACUAUUCGGGUCCCUUGUACGUGCUCGUCAUCGCCUGCGCCCUCGGCUAUUGGUUCUUGUGGGCCAGGGGCCACUGGGAAGGUCCGAACACGAAGGUGGUCGAGAUAGUGCUGCAGAGGAACGAGGAUGCUAGGUAG